AUGGUGGAGGAAGGCGACGGUGAUGGACAGAGGAUGGCGAAGGGACGCGAGUCCGGCGGCGACGCGACGGCGGCAAGUCGAUAUUGCAGCCAUGACAAGAGGAACUCAGUGACCAUGAAAGUAAGCAGCGACAUGAUCAAGGAAAUGUAUGAAGAAGCAGAGAAGGUUUGGGUUCUUGAAAUGGUUAAACUCAUGAAAGAAACAAAGGAACCAUUCAUAAAUGUCAUAUAUGAUUGUGAUCCUUUAGAACAAAUAGUUUGGGACAAUGUUGUGUUAGUUGGGGAUGCUGCUCAUCCAAUAACCCCGCAUAGCUCAAGGAGCACAAACAUGGCAAUAUUAGACGCAGCAGUUUUAGGCAAGAGCCUUGAGAAGCAGGGAGCAGAAAAUCUGCAUUCAGCACUCGGAGAAUUUCAAUCCAUACGGCUUCCAGUUGUUUCGAAGCAAGUACUGCAUUCUCGGUAUGUGGGUCGCAUCAAACAAGGUUUAGUUCUUUCUGAUCGCAACCCAUUUGAUCCAAUGAUAGCAAAGCCAGAGGAAUGA